AUGCAGGUAGAUGCGGUGAAAACGCAAGAGCUGCAGGUCUCUUGGACCAUACCGUACCCGGCGCUCGGUACACUAAGAUCCUCUAGGGCCAUUGCGAUUCUGAAUGAAAAGGAGGUUACUCAGUGUUCUGGGAGUGGGUGGACUCCAGCCUGUGUCCUCUCUGGCCUAGCUCACGCCACCGAGUAUACGGUCUUUGUCGAAGUUUGCGUCACCCCAAAAGAUGCGAUGUCGUCGACUGACUCUGCCGCUGCCUGGUGUUCUACCACGACCGGUGUGCUGAAGAAAACCCUUGCGGAAAAUGACAAUUUGGCAACAAAUGUGGCUGCGUAUGCACUUCGUCCUAAAUCUCUGGAGAUGCGCUGGCACAAUCCGGGUGGUAUUGUUUCAUCCAAGGCACUUGCAUUCCAGGGCGGAAACAUAGUUGCAACUUGUAAUGGAAGUGGGACACCAUUUUCCGCAGAUUCCUGUACCCUCAAUAACCUGAAGGACUUUACAACAUAUGAUGUGCGAGUUAGCGUAUGUGUGUACCACUGGUGGUAUAAAACGCAAUGCAAGACAUCUCCGGUGAAACACAAAAAGACUCUUCCCUCAGCUCCAGAGGUGGCAAAGGAUGUAAGAGUGCUGGCUGUGAAUACGAAAGCACUGCAGGUCUCCUGGACCAUUCCCGACUUGGCGCUCGUUCCAGAGAAGGUAAAGGACGUGAGAGUACGGGCUCUGCGAACGCAAGAACUUCAGGUCUCCUGGACCAUCCCCCACCUGGCGGAAGUUCCACAGACGGCAGGGCAAGUGAACGUGCUAGCUGUUCAAACGCAAGAACUUUAUGUUUCCUGGAACAUACCAAAUCUGGCUGGCGGUAAGCUAGCAUCCUCAAGGGCUAUUGCAACUCUAAAUAAAAGAGAGGUUAGUCAGUGUACUGGGACUGGUUGGAGCCCGUACUGUUCCCUAUCAAAACUGGCUCACGCCACCAAUUAUACGGUCGUCGUCGAAGUUUGCUUUAAUCCACCGGAUGCGGUGUCUUCUAGGGCCUCUAACACUGCCUGGUGUUCAAGGUCUCCCGGCGUGCAAAAACAAACUCUGCCGCAACAACUUUCUGUCACCUGGAGGAACCCUGUACCUACGAGUGGUGCUCUCGCAUCUUCAAGAGCUAUUGCUAUGGUUGGUGACUUGGCACAAACAGAGUGCAAGCCUGGUGUUUCCGCGGAGGGGCCAGCAGAGUGCACGCUUUCCGGACUGGCUCAUGCCACUGACUAUACAGUCAUCAUCGAAGUCUGCAUCACUCCGCCAGAUGCAAGGUCCUAUCGGUACUCUAGGACUGCCUGGUGCUCAAAGACAGAUGGAUUUCGCAAGCGAACGUUGCCGGAGUUUCCUGACUCGGCAAAGGACGUUGUUGUGCUGGCUAUUCAGCAGAAAGAAUUUGUUGUCAAAUGGACCGUUCCCGACCUGUCGGUUGGUACGCUGGCAUCCUCGAAAGCCAUCGCUUCGCUGGAUGGAGAAGGUGCGACUGUGACUGGAUGGAAGGUGGCCCAAUGCAGUCCUGAAGGGAGUCCCCAAGGACAAGCCACGUGCACUCUAUCUGGACUUUCGCCCUCAUCCAAGUAUGCCGUUUCCGUUGAACUCUGUUUCAUUCCAGCGGAUGUGGGGUAUCCUCUUCCUUCACACUCUGACUGGUGCUCCAUAUCUGGUCCGGUGUCUAAGCAAACUCUCCCGCAAUUUCCUGAGAAGGCAACAUCCGUCAUUGUGCAAGCAGUUCAGGGCCAUGCUCUUACAGUCUCAUGGAUAAACCCCAACUCCGCCUACGGUACAGUGGUGUCCGCAAAAGCGACCGCGAGGCUGCGUAAACAGACUGCCGAGGCAGCGAAUUGUACGAUAUCUGACGCAAAGCCAGGUCCUGCAACCUGCGUGCUCUCUGGACUGGAGGACUUCACGCAAUACGAGGUCUUUGUGCAAGUCUGCAUCUCGCCUGAGGAUGCCGUGCAUUGGAAGGGUCUCCGCAGCGACUGGUGUUCAGUGUCUGCCCCCGUUCAAAAGCAGACACUUCCGGGAGUUCCUGACUCAGCAGUCGGUGUAAAAGUUCAUUCUCCAAGCAGGAAUGUGCUCGCCGUGGACUGGACCAACCCCUCGGCCUCGCACGGCGUACUGGCAUCUUCCACGGCUUUUGCAAUGCUAAAUAACAGCACUAAAUCAAGCUGCUCUGGGAAAUUAGAUGCGGCUUUGCGGACCUCCUGCAACAUCACCGGUCUAGAGGACUUUACAAACUACAGCGUUGCGGUCCACGUCUGUGUUUUCCCCGUCCAAUUUGAGCCUGGCUACUGGUCGGGUGGCGGCUGCUCUACCACUACACCUUUCUUGAAGCAAACUCUGCCUGGAGGCCCAGAUAUGGCAUGUCGGACUGCCGUUUUUGCACGACAACGAAAGUCCCUGGAGGUCUCCUGGAUCAAUCCGGAUGCGACUCAUGGUCCCCUCGCCAAUUCCACCGCCAUUGGCUUUCUGCGGGGCAGCAGAGUGGCCUCCUGUCAGGCUGAUAUCCUGCCUGGGCAACCAGUCCGCUGUACGCUAACGAACCUGCUGAAUUUUGAAGAGUAUAACGUGUCGGUUGAAGUUUGUGUUGCCCCGGUGCAAGCGGGGUCUAACGAAUUUGUUGGUGGUGGUUGUUCAGUGACGCCAACAAUUUCAGGAACUACACUUCCUGGAGUCUUCGAUGCGGUUCACCUGGAGGAGUUGAGCAGGCAAAUUCCGAACUCGACGCAAAUCGUCGAGGAUCCGUCUACCCAGAUAAGCAUCAAGGUGGCCCUCUCUUCCUUGCCGACCGAGCAGGUAGGACCUGUCUCCUACGUGACUGCCUACAUUGAAAGUCCGAGCCAGACGGAUGGUACAUGGACAAGGAAUCGACGCUAUGCUGGAAGACUUUCGUUUCUGAGUGGCAGCUAUAACAACAAAACGUGGGAACCCUGGGAGGUGAUGGCUCGGAACUUUCAAGGAGACUCGCCUAAGAAGGUAGAAGACUUCUUUUUCACCGUAGGUCAACCGUCGGACACACAGACCUGUGAUCACUGCUACAACGGUCCACUCAAACCGGAUACGAUCUACAGGGUCGGUGUACGGGUCUACACAAACAGUGGUGCCGGAACCACGGAACUUUCGGAGUUCAAGACAGCCCCUGCCCCAGUCAAUAUCGCCCUUGUUGUUGGCAUUAUCUUAGCCUUUCUCGUCAUACUCGUGGUCAUCGCUUUGGCCGUUCACUUUUUCAUGCGCCAGAGAGGCCCGGACCCGAAGAGCCCUCUGCCAAUAAACUUCGCCGAGUUCAACCUCAACGUUAAGAGAAUGCAGUCCGACGCGGAGGCCACGAAGGAAUUUUUGGCGCUCGCCAACUUGACGAAGAAGCAAAAUCUGGAGUACGAGCUAACAGAAGAUCUGGCUGCCACGGUGCCCAAGCUUAACCGCUACGGAGACAUGACGCCGUGUAAGUCAGUGUUGCAACGCGUACCUGCAGGUCGCACUGUUUACGUUCUUUUGGCCUCCAUCGGCUGA